GAAGAGAAGGCUCUGGGUCACAGCACUGAGGUGGGCGUAAGCCCACAGGAGGCCACAGCUGACACCCCAGAGGUGGGGCAGCUGCAAAACGGUGUCAGCAGGUUUGCUGAGUCAUCUGGAGACUUUGGACCCCAGGAUUCUCCAUCCGUGAAGGAGGGAAGAACUCCGGAACUGUGCCUGAUGGAGGGAUCUGUUGAAGGGUCGGGCACCAGCACCCCCCUUGGGAAGCCGAAGGAGAGUCAAGGACCCCCUGGAAGCGUGUGGCCAAAGGAGCUCAUCGCACUGGAGCCUGGGGAAUCUGCCUGGCAGGUGGCCCUGAAGAAGAUCCAGGAGCUAUCGGAUUCAGACCACCGAGACCCCUUCAUGGUAGCCGACCUGGGUGUGCUGGCCAGCCGUCACCGGGCCUUCUGCCAGGCCCUGCCGCAGGUCUCGCCCUUCUACGCAGUAAAGUGCAACAGCAGUGUGUGGGUGCUGCGUGUUCUGGACACCCUGGGCACCGGCUUCGACUGCGCCAGCCAGGUGGAGCUGGAUCAAGUGCUGGGCCUGGGCGUGGCCCCCUCACGCAUCAUCUACGCCAACCCCUGCAAGCCUGUCUCCCACAUCCAGUAUGCUGCCCGCCACGGGGUGCAGCUCCUGACCUUCGACAGCGAGGAGGAGCUGACCAAGGUGGCCCAGCACUACCCUGGGGCCAGGCUGGUCCUCCGGCUGUUGACCGAGGACAGCGAGAGCAUCUUUCCCCUGAGCGCCAAGUUCGGGGCAAGCCUGGAAGCAUGUGAACGUCUGCUCAAGUCUGCCAGGGACCUGGGCUUGGCUGUGGUCGGAACCAGCUUCCACGUGGGCUCGAACUGCCAAACACCGCACAACUUCAGGCAGGCCAUCGCUGACUGCCGGCGUGUAUUUGAGAUGGGCCGAGCGUUCGGGCAUGACAUGAGCCUCCUGGACAUCGGAGGGGGCUUCCCCGGAGGGGAAGGCUGUGAGCCUCAGUUUGAGGAGAUGGCGAGAGUGAUCAAUGUCGCCCUGGCCCAGGACUUCCCCGAGGGGAGUGGUGUUGAGAUCAUCGCGGAGCCUGGACGCUUCUAUGCGGCGUCUGUCUGCAUGGCUGCCGUCAACAUCAUUGCCAAGAAGGCUGUGCUGGAGUCUGGAGGCCGCCGGAAACUGCUGUACUAUCUGAACGAUGGCCACUACGGCAUCUUCCGCCUCUGCCUCAGGGAGCCUGUCGCCAGGAUGCCCAUUGUGGUGAAGGAGCUCUGCUCGGACCCACCCCUCUUCCCCUGCACCCUGUACGGUCCCACAUGUGAUGCCUUUGACAAGCUCUUCCGAGAGGAGGUACAGCUGCCGGAGCUGGAUGUGGGUGACUGGCUUGUCUUCCCCUCCAUGGGCGCUUAUACGUCCUCUAUGAGCUCCACCUUCAACGGCUUCCCGCCUGCUUCCACCUACUACGCCAUGGAACCCGAGCUCAG